GGCGAAAGAGAAACUUGAUGCCCAAAUUUUGCAGAGGGGACUUCAGCGACUUCGACAAUUUCAAUCAAUCGCCACUUUGAUUUUUAUACUGUUGAAUUUAACAGUUAUAACCUCAAUUAAAUCUUUAUUACUGCCUUCUUCAGUUUUUAUCCGUAUACGGAUCAGUUUUUAAACAUGUUCUCCGUCUGCAGAAGAGGUCCCGCCUCAAUAUCUAGAGCCCUUCGUGCAGUCCCUUCAACUCUUCGAAUUCCUUCAACCAGACCUUCAACCCUUUCUCUCAUUUCACAAAAGACUUCUCUGCCAGUCUUGGAGUCAAGGUGGCUACAUGUUUCCUCGGCUCCACAAUUACAAAGUGUUGCCACUCAAGAAGCUGCCGUCGUUCAAGAAAAUAAAGUCAUUAAUCGUUUCGAUGAACUCACCAAGUAUGGUUUGGUUCACCCAAAUGUUGUUAAUGAAAUCACCCAAACCAUGAAACUCGAGACCAUGACAGAGGUCCAAACUUUAACUAUUAAUCAAGCUCUACAAGGAAGUGACAUUAUUGCACAAGCACGAACUGGUACCGGAAAGACAAUUGGUUUCUUGCUUCCUACUAUCCAAAACAUCCUCGAGAAAAGUCCUGAGCUUGCAUCCCGUCAGCGUUAUUCCAGAGCAAGAGCUUCCGAUAUCCGCGCAAUCAUCAUUUCGCCUACCCGUGAAUUGGCAGAACAAAUUGCUGUUGAAGCAGUGAAGAUUACAAGAAAUACAGAUUUGAUUGUACAAGUCGCAGUCGGAGGAUCAAGCAAAAGAGAGAUGCUUAGAAAAGUUCAACGUGAGGGUUGCCAUAUCCUUGUCGGAACCCCAGGCAGACUUCAAGAUCUUUUGACAGAUGAAUAUAGUCAAGUAUCUGCUCCCGGAUUAACAACUUUGGUUCUCGAUGAAGCCGAUCGACUUCUAGAUGAUGGAUUCUCCAAGGAUAUCGAUAACAUUCAAGCGCUUUUGCCUAAACGAAAUGAAGUUGAUCGUCAAACAUUAUUAUUUUCCGCCACUGUUCCAAGAGAGGUUAUGGGUCUUGUCAGAAGACUUUUGAAACCAGAUUAUCAGUUCGUACAAACCGUUAAAGCAGGAGAUGUAGCCACACACGAGAGAAUCCCUCAAAAGAUUGUUGCUGCUACUGGAAUGGAGAACAUCAUGCCAGCAAUGGUCGAAAUUUGCAAGAAAGGAAUUGAAAAGGCUAACACUGAAGGUUCUUCUCCAUUCAAAGCUAUUGUAUACUUCAAUUCAACCGCAAACGUUCAAUUGGCUGGAGAGAUCAUGAAAGGAAUAGAUUCUCUUCAUUCGAUUGACGUUUCUGCUAUCCACGGCAAGCUCACACAAGAAAGAAGAACUAGAGUUACAGACAGAUUCCGUCGUGCCAAAUCUGCCGUUAUGUUAUCGAGUGAUGUUACAGCUAGAGGAAUGGAUUUCCCUAAUGUUACUCACGUCAUACAAGUCGGUGUACCUAGAGACAGAGAUACAUACAUCCAUCGUGUAGGACGAACUGGAAGAGGAGGCAAGGAAGGAGAAGGAUGGCUCUUAUUGACGCAAUCUGAAAUCCCAGGAGCUCGUCGAACAUUGUCCAACCUUCCAAUCACCCCUGAUCGUACACUCGAGACACCAUUUGUCGAUAUGAAAAAAGAUGCUCAACUACCAGCCACAACCGCAGAAAUCCUUAAUGAAGUCGGCCAAGCAACGAAGAGAGUUGACCGUGAAAUUAAAGUCGACGCAUACAUGGGAGCACUUGGCCAAGGUCAGAGGGGUGCAAGUCCUAGAGCGAUGAUGGAAGACUUGAACAACUGGACUAAAUUUGGUUGGGGCUGGGAGAAACCUCCUAUGGUUGGCCCUGGCCUUGCACGCAAAUUGGGAAUCGACAGAAUCCCGGGCGUUAACAUUGGACAUGAACCUCGCGAGGAUAAUGAUGAUUUUGGUGGUGGACGAGGAUUCGGAAGCAGUGGCGGAUCUAGUGGAGGAAGAGGAUUUGGAAGCAGUGGUGGAUCCAGUGGAGGAAGAGGAUUUGGAAGUAGUGGUGGAUCCAGCGGAGGAAGAGGAUUCGGUGGUGGCCGAAGUGGUGGAAGUGGAGGUGGUAAAGGAUUCGGCGGAAGAGGUGGCGGAAGAGGUGGCGGAAGCGGCGGAAGAGGAUUCGGCGGUGGUGAUAGAGGUGGCUCCAAAGGAGGAUUUGGUUCAUCAAGUUUCUAAACAAGGUUUGAUACUUGAUUGAUCUAACUAAAUCGCUUGUUUGUGUAUCAUCACCUCUUUUCCCUUUCGUUUCUUUCCCCCUUUCUUUUUUAUUCUGCCUCUGUCUCGGCUUAUUUUGUUUUACUACAUUCCUGUCAGAUUUUUCAAUGGUACGAAACCACAAAGAAAAAUGGCACAUGCAGGAUUCGGGGAGGAAGAAAACGACACUCAAAUUUAUGUCUGUACGAUACAUACAAUUCUUUGAUUCCUGAUGGAAAUUAUAGCAAAUAGAUGGGAAGGAUACAAAAAUGGGCACAGGGCGGGGAAAUGGAGCUUAGGCGUUGCUUUUUUGGGAGCGACGAAAACUGUGGUUCAUUUAGCAACCACAAAUCCCCCUAGUAUACCUACUACAUACCUCUGUAUAACUAACGAGUUGGGUGUACAAUGAGGAAAAUCUAUUGAAGUAUGGGAUGGAGAAAAGGAAAUGAAAUUUUUAUGAUGGAGAAUUGGGGAUGGAUAGAUCUGGGGAGGAGAGUGAGUGAGUGGAUGGGGAACGGAUAGGAUAGGAUAGGAUAGUCAUAUGGAUAGGCAUAAUUCUACUCUUUACUUUAUGAAUACUCUUUGAUA